AUGCACGUGCCGACCGACCUGAACCCUACCGACCGCAUCUCCAGAGGAAUGCUUGCCAGUCAGAUCCUGCACGACAAGUUGUGGUGGCAUGGUCCAGCGUACCUUACCUCCCCCGUCGAAUUGUGGCCGAAGUGUGCGGUUUCGAUGCCGACCAAGUCGGAAUUAGAAGAAGAGAUGCGCCCUUUGGUGUCCCUAAAUUCGGUCGAAGAGAACGCAACUGUUUUCAAUGAAUUCUCAGAAUUAGCAAAGCUAACAAGAUUCGUCGCUUACUGUUUCCGACUUCAGAACAACUGCAAAUUACCGAGGAAUCAGCGUUUGCUCACUGCUCUGGCGCCUAAGGAAAUGGAAUGUGCGUUAAAAUCACUGGUUCGCCUGGCUCAGCAACAAGAAUUUCCAAUGGAGGUUCAACAGUACACCCGUAAUGCCACGGAAACUACUGGCAGAAUUGCAUCGAAAUCGCCACUCAAGAAUCUCAACAUUUUCAUGGACGAAUUCGGACUUCUUCGUAUUGACGGGCGACUGAAAAACUUGGAUGCACCAUUCGAUACUCGUCACCCAAUGCUACUCCCAGCAAAUCACAAGUUGAGCUGGCUGAUUGUUCGGUCCAUUCAUCUCCAGACUCUCCAUGGUGGUCCUUCUCUAUUACUCGCCACAGUUCGACAACGAUUUUGGCCACUCCGGGGUAGAGACUUGGCUCGUAAGGUUAUACGCAAAUGCGUCACGUGCUUUCGGUGCAAUCCUACUCCAGCAAACCAGAUCAUGGCACCUCUUCCGUCUGUCCGUCUCAAGCCAGCUCGAGCCUUUACGUAUGCUGGGAUGGAUUAUUGUGGGCCGUUUUUCGUUCGUCCACUGAUUGGGAGAGGUUCGUCGGUUAAAGUGUACGUCGCGUUAUUCGUCUGCUUGGUGGUAAAGGCCGUGCACCUCGAGAUUGUCGCUGAUCUGUCGACCGCCGCGUUUAUCAACGCCGUCAAACGCUUUAUCGCCUGUCGCGGUCGGGUUGUCGAGAUACAUUGCGAUAACGCAACCGCAUUCGUCGGGGCGGAUCGCGAGUUGCGGAAGCUGCGGAAGGAAUUCCAGCAGCAGUUCAAGUCCGCGGAAUGGGGCGAGUACUGUGCAGGAAAUGGCAUCACGUUCCGAUUCAUCCCGGAACGUUCGCCACAUUUUGGUGGCAUCUGGGAGGCCAGAGACAUGCAACGCUCAGUUCAAGAUCUGUGGCGCUGCUGGUCACGGGACUAUGUAAGCCAGCUACAUCAGCGUAGCAAGUGGAGACGCCCAUCUGCGGACGUUCGAAAGGGUCAACUGGUGCUUUUGAAACUCGACAACUACCCCUCACUACAAUGGCCUCUCGGACGCAUCGUAGAAACCAUAGCCGGGUCAGACGGCCGAGUCCGCGUUGUGGUGGUUAAAACGUGUGCUGGCGAAUACAAGCGGGCAGUCACGGAGAUUGCGGUGCUCCCAAUCGAUUCCGACAACGAAGAGAAGGAUGGAUCAGCAUUAUCGCCACCAGAUUUUUUGGCUUCCAGCAAGUCGGUCCGUCGUAUUCACGAUCGUUUCUCGGUACCGCGACAGUGUCCGUGCGAGUGGAUCCAGUGUCCGCAAAUUCGUCGUCGAAAAUCUCCCGUAACACCUAACAAUGUAAAGUUUUGCACAAACAAAUCCCAUUCUCUUUAA